AUGGCUCCGAGUAGCCAUCCCUCCGGUCGGGAGAAGCACGGCAGGCUGAUGCAGUUGCUUCGGGGGUUCUCAUUCCUCGCCUAUUUUCUGACCGGCGCCAUUGCCAUCAACUUAACCCAGUUCCUUGGCGCGCCGCUGUACUGGAUCGAUCGCGACCUCUUCUAUGCCUAUAUGUCCCUGACGAAGCAAUCGUUUGGCCUUCUCAUCACGACCGCCACCCACUGGUGGGGCCCCACGACGAUACGUAUCAGCGGCGAUGCCUCGGUGGCCGACCAGAUUAGAAAAACAGAGGAUGGGCUGGUCGAGUUCUCAUUCCCGGAGCGCAUGAUCAUGAUUGCGAAUCACCAGAUCUACACAGAUUGGCUAUACCUCUGGUGGGUCGGCUACGCCAACAAACCCAAGAGCCACGGUUCCAUCUACAUCAUCUUGAAGGAAUCGUUGAAGUAUAUACCCAUAGCGGGGCCCGGCAUGAUGUUUUAUGGCUUCAUCUUCAUGUCGCGGAAGAUGGCUGUCGACCAGCCGCGGAUGGCCCAUCGUCUGCGCAAGCUCAAGGCCCGGCACACGGCUCCCGACGGGAAGAGCUAUCUCAAUCCCAUGUGGCUGCUUCUGUUUCCCGAAGGGACGAAUGCUUCCCGAAACGGCAGGGCAAAGUCGGCUAAGUGGGCCGAGAAAAUGGGGGUCAAGGAUCCCGAGCACGUCCUACUGCCCCGUAGCACGGGCAUGUACUUCUGCCUCAGCGAGCUCAAGGGCACAGUCGACUAUGUCUACGACUGCACUGUAGCGUACGAAGGGGUUCCACGUGGCAAGUUUGGUGAGAACAUCUUCACCCUCUCAGGCACCUAUUUCCGGGGCCAACCGCCAAAAUCGGUCAAUUUCUAUUGGCGUCGAUUCCUCGUCGAUGAUAUCCCCCUUGACAACCAGGAGCAGUUUGGCCUUUGGCUGCGCGAGCGAUGGUACGAGAAAGAUGCCCUCAUGGAACAGUACCUAUCCACUGGUCGCUUUCCCGCGAACCCCGCCAAUACCCUUACAGAAGACCGGGAGGAGUUCCUCGAGACCGAAGUCCGGACUCGAUACCCGUUCGAAUUCCUCCAGAUCUUCAGCGUGCUCGCCGGAUUUAGCCUGUUGGUCAAUUUGAUCCUUAAAUUGUGGAACAAGCUGGUCUCUUUGGUUUUCUGA